CCGCGCCAUCACCCGGAAAGGACGCGUGCUGCCACCUUCCACACCUCUUGACACCACGAACCUGGCGCGCCGCAGAACGCCCGAAGACCUGGCGAAGAUGGCCUCUGUGCCAGUGUAUUGCCUCUGUCGGCUGCCUUAUGAUGUGACCCGUUUCAUGAUUGAGUGUGACAUGUGCCAGGAUUGGUUUCACGGCAGUUGUGUUGGUGUUGAAGAGGAGAAGGCUACUGACAUUGACCUCUACCAUUGCCCCAACUGCGAGGUUUUGCAUGGGCCCUCUGUCAUGAAAAAACGCCGUGGAUCUUCAAAAGGGCAUGAUACACACAAGGGAAAGCCAGUGAAGACUGGGAGCCCUACAUUCAUUCGAGAGCUCCGUAGUAGGACCUUUGACAGCUCAGAUGAAGUGAUUCUGAAGCCCACUGGAAGUCAGCUUACUGUGGAAUACCUGGAAGAGAAUAGCUUCAGUGUACCUAUCAUGGUCUUGAAGAAGGAUGGUUUGGGAAUGACUCUGCCCUCACCGUCGUUCACUGUGAGAGAUGUGGAACACUAUGUUGGUUCUGACAAAGAGAUUGAUGUGAUUGAUGUGAUCCGCCAGGCUGACUGCAAGAUGAAGCUCGGCGAUUUUGUGAAAUAUUAUUACAGCGGGAAGAGGGAGAAAGUCCUCAAUGUCAUUAGUUUGGAAUUCUCUGAUACCAGGCUUUCUAACCUUGUGGAGACACCCAAGAUUGUUCGGAAGCUGUCAUGGGUGGAGAACUUGUGGCCGGAGGAGUGUGUAUUUGAAAGACCUAGUGUCCAGAAGUACUGCCUCAUGAGUGUGCGGGAUAGCUAUACAGACUUUCACAUUGACUUUGGUGGCACCUCAGUCUGGUACCAUGUGCUCAAGGGUGAGAAGAUCUUUUACCUAAUCCGCCCAACCAAUGCAAACCUGACUCUCUUUGAGUGCUGGAGCAGUUCCUCUAAUCAGAAUGAAAUGUUCUUUGGGGACCAGGUGGAUAAAUGCUACAAGUGUUCCGUGAAGCAAGGACAGACACUUUUCAUUCCUACAGGAUGGAUCCAUGCUGUGCUGACCCCUGUGGACUGCCUUGCCUUUGGAGGGAACUUCUUACACAGCCUUAACAUUGAAAUGCAGCUCAAAGCCUAUGAAAUUGAGAAGCGGCUGAGCACAGCAGACCUCUUCAAGUUUCCCAACUUUGAGACCAUCUGUUGGUAUGUGGGAAAACACAUCCUGGAUAUCUUUCGAGGUUUGCGAGAGAAUCGGAGACACCCUGCCUCCUACCUGGUCCAUGGUGGCAAAGCCCUGAACUUGGCCUUUAAAGCCUGGACAAGAAAAGAAGCUCUUCCAGACCAUGAAGAUGAGAUCCCAGAGACAGUGCGAACUGUACAGCUCAUUAAGGAUCUGGCUAGGGAAAUCCGCUUGGUGGAAGAUAUCUUCCAACAGAACAUUGGGAAGACAAGCAAUAUCUUUGGGCUGCAGAGGAUCUUCCCAGCUGGCUCCAUUCCCUUAACCAGGCCAGCUCAUUGCACUUCAGUAUCCAUGUCCAGGCUGUCACUGCCCUCCAAAAGUGGUUCAAAGAAGAAAGGCCUGAAGCCCACGGACCUCUUCAAGAAGGCAGAGCGAAAGGGCAAGGAGAGCUCAGCCUUGGGGCCUGCUGGCCAGUUGAGCUAUAAUCUCAUGGACACAUACAAUCAUCAGGCACAGAAGACAGGCUCUUCCCAGAAAGCAAAGUUCAUCACUGGUACCUGCUUGAAUGACUCAGACAACGACUCACCAGACUUGGACCUUGAUGGAAAUGACAGCCCACUGGCCCUAUUGAUGUCUAAUGGCAGUACCAAGAGGAUGAAGAGCUUAUCCAAGUCUCGGCGAGCCAAGAUUGCAAAGAAGACAGACAAGGCUAGACUGGUAACAGACCAAGAAAUGGAGGAUGAAUUUGACCUGGAUUCAGAAGAUGAACUACACAUUGAUGAGAGAUUGGAAAAGGAGAAGACAACCCUGAUAAUAAGACCAAAAUUUCCUCGGAAGUUACCCCGUGCAAAGCCUUGCUCUGACCCCAACCGAGUUCGUGAACCAGGAGAAGUUGAGUUUGACAUUGAGGAGGACUAUACAACAGAUGAGGACAUGGUGGAAGAAGUUGAAGGCAAGCUUGGGAAUACUGGAGCUGGUGGAAUUCUUGAUCUACUCAAGGCCAGCAGGCAGGUGGGGGGACCUGACUAUGCUGCUCUCACUGAGGCCCCUGCCUCUCCCAGCACUCAGGAGGCCAUCCAGGGCAUGCUGUGCAUGGCCAACCUACAGUCCUCAUCAUCCUCACCAGCUACCUCCAACCUGCAGGCCUGGUGGACUGGGGCGCAGGACCGAAGCAGCGGGAGCUCCAGCAGUGGGCUGGGCACAGUGUCUAACAGUCCUGCUUUCCAGCGCACCCCAGGGAAGCGGCCCAUCAAGCGGCCAGCAUACUGGAGAGCUGAAAGCGAGGAGGAGGAGAACGCCAGUCUAGAUGAACAGGACAGCUUGGGAGCAUGCUUCAAGGAUGCAGAAUAUAUCUAUCCAUCCCUGGAAUCUGAUGAUGAUGACCCUGCUUUGAAAUCUCGACACAAGAAAAAGAAGAAUUCCGAUGAUGCUCCAUGGAGCCCUAAAGCCCGUGUGACUCCAACCCUACCGAAGCAGGACCGUCCUGUGCGUGAGGGAACCCGAGUAGCCUCCAUUGAGACAGGUUUGGCUGCAGCAGCUGCAAAGCUGGCCCAACAGGAGCUGCAGAAGACCCAGAAGAAGAAAUACGUCAAGAAGAAACCUUUGCUGAAGGAGGUAGAACAGCCUCGCCCUCAAGACUCCAAUCUCAACCUGGCAACACCAGCCCCAACUCUGAUCACUACACCCCAGCUUUUCAACCCCUUGCCUCCUCCUGAGCCUAAACAAGAGGCCCUCUCAGGAAGCCUUGCUGACCACGAGUAUACUGCUCGUCCCAAUGCCUUUGGCAUGGCCCAGGCAAACCGCAACACCACACCCAUGGCACCCGGUGUUUUCUUGACCCAGCGGCGCCCUUCAGUUGGCUCCCAGAGCAAUCAGUCAGGACAAGGAAAACGUCCCAAAAAGGGCCUGGCCACAGCAAAGCAGAGACUCGGCCGUAUCCUGAAAAUCCACAGAAAUGGCAAACUUCUUCUGUGAGCCCCCGUAUGCCCCACUCCCCACCCCUUUACCCCCAUUGCCUUCUCCAUUGUUGACUUUUGGGGCACUCCUGGAUCGUAUCUGCCCCAGACAAGGUGCUGAGGCGCAGUGUCCUGCCUUCUUGGGACUGACCAAAGGCAUGGACUCCCCCAUGAACCCCUCCACUGACUCCUUCCAACUCCUUUUCCCACUUCCACUAGAACAUCCUACCUUCCUUCUCCAUACCCCUGAGUAGCAGGUAAAUGGAAUUAGUGUCCAACUAACAAGAACCCUCUUUUUGUGCGGCUCCAACCCAUUUUCCUUUUACCUGCCUUGUCUGCCCUUUAUUCUUGUCCCAUCUAGAGCUGUAAGGCAGGAUGAAGAGAGUCAUGAAGAAAGCCUGGGCCCCUCAGUAUUUCCUCGGUCAUAAAGUGGGAGGCCCAGCACUUAGCAAUCUCUUCAAUUCCAGCCUUGUCUCCAGAAGCCUACCCAUCUCUAUCCACUCUUCCUUCCCCUUCUUCCUCCCAGUCUAGUGGAUAUGCCCCACCUCCAUACUUGUACCUGGGAGAAGGGUCUGGCCUUUGCUCUCUCAUGUCAAAUGUUUCAUAGAAAUAAAGAGGACCCCGACUCUCCUUACUACCCCACUGUGGGCCAUUUUCAGAGCUGGCAUAGAAAGGCCAUGGGCUGAUUUCACUCAUCCUUGGGAAGAAGGGAGAUUCCUGUCAUUUCUCAAGGUGGAUAGAAGACAAAUGCCUAAGCCUUUGACCAUGACUUUGGAGGAAGCUGCUUUUGGGUGGCUAUAGGUCCUAGGGUGAGCUCCAUGGAUUUGCCUGGACUUUGAGGUCCUGCAGAACAUCAUCCACAUUGCUGUGGCUGGACCCCAGCAGGUGAAAAGCCAUUCCCCAGAAACCUAAAAGCAUCUGCCACUGAAGCAGAUAACCCUGGCCCAAUGACCUACUCCCUUCACCUGUAUCACACAGUAUAGCCUGGAUCUUCUGGAAAGGGUGUGGCAGGACAGCUCACCCCUGGAUCCACUAUUGGGAACUUCCCUACUUCUUUCCCCACCUGAGGUCUUGGUCUGAAGAAGACUUAGGACUCACAUCUUCACUCCUGGGCCUAUGCACUUCCAGACGUCAGGUCAACACUCAAAGUGCAGAUGAACCACAUGGGAGCCGAAGCCUAGGAGAGGAUACACCCCUCUGUGAAUGACCAGAUUAUCUGAUCCUCCCUUCCUCCUUAUUCUACCCUCUGUUGAUCUUUUCCAUUGUCCUUGCCCCUUCCUCCUACCUGUUUUGCUUCACUGGAGAUCUGGACUUGAUGUAGAAUGCCCCCUUCUUCCAUUUUACCACUGCCCAAGUGGAGUGUAUCUUUGCCCUCUCUCUUCCCAAUCCAACAUCACUCCAACUUGCCCAGUGCUUCUGGGAAUUUAACCAUGCAGGCCACAGGGAAUCUGUGAGACUUACCUUGUCUUCUUUGUGUCUCUAGUUUGUCUUUCUUUUCACUAUAGCCCCACCUCUACUCUCCUUCCUUGGAAUCAGGGGCCCCUUAGCUCCAUUUGCUUUUUCUACAUUGGGGACCCCAGGGCCCAAGCAGUCCUCCAUCUAGUCACACCAAAGGCAAAACGCCUGGCUUCCUCCCCCCCCCCUUCCCCCCAGCACUUGAGGUCCCUACACCCCUCCCCUUUAUUUCUACAUGGCUUUGGGGAAUUGAAGGCCGCAGAGGGAAGAGAGGAGGAGGAGGGAAGGGGAAGCCUGUGUCCCUGUGGAGGCAUCUUCCUGACUAGGCCCUGACUGCUGUAACCAAGACCAGGUCUCCAGCCCUUCUGCCCAUUAACACCCCUCUUGAUCUUUCAAAGGCAGCUAAUUGCUUGCAAAUCCCCCUGGUUCUUUCCCCUUGUUUCUUUGUUAAAAGUUUCUGUGGAGCUGAAACCCAACCUCCAUUUAACUGGGUUUCAUGUCAUUUGAUUGGGUUCUCAGAACCUCCCUUUUGUGUUUUGUGUUGUUUCAAAUGAAAAGCAAGUUUACCCUCAGAGUUAUGCUUUUCCAAAGAGACUAGUAUGCUUUUUUUUUUUUUUUUUUUUUAAAUGUUCUAAGUGUUUGAAGUGAGCUGGGGAGGGGUUAGUUAGAGGUGAUAGUAACCAAGGUUUAGAACAUGGUAAGAUAGUUACCUCUGGUCUCCACUCCCUAACAGAGAGCUGGGGAUUAGAUAGGGGGCAGGGAGAGAGGAUUUCUAUUCACCUUUAAUAUAUUUUUACAAAAAAAAAAAAAAAAUUAAAAACAAGCCCACCGCUUCCGUACAUGCCUAAAUAUAUUUUUAGAAGUGGGUAGAAUUGUGAAUUUCUGAUGCAGGACCUUUUUAUAAACAGGUUAGAGUAGCAUCAUCCAGACUUCUUUGUUGGGUUGUUUUUGUUGUUGUCUCCCCCUCCUGCUUUUUUCUUAUGUUGUAUUACUAAUGUAAUUUAUAUUUUUUUUUUAGAUCCUCCUUUUCCUAUAGAGAUAAAAGUGAUUUAUCUUGGCAA